AUGGCCGUCAAACACGUUCUUCUCGCCGCUGCCUUGGCCAGCGUGGCUCUGGCUGCGCCCGUCGAGGAGCGACAAAACUGCGGUGCCGUAUACUCCCAGUGUGGCGGUACAGGCUGGACCGGAUCGACCUGCUGUGCGUCUGGGUCGACUUGCAACCUCGUCAACCAGUAUUACUCACAGUGCCUGCCCGGCUCUGCUGCGAGCUCCAGCGCCACAACAUCCAAGACCACCUCCGCAGCCACCUCGUCGACAAGCAAGGUCAGCACCAGCUCGGCAUCAACCUCCAAGGCGAGCACCACCAGUGCAAGCUCGGCGACUACCUCAAGCAAGCCGUCGACCACGAUCUCUGGAGGUGCCGGCACCACCGCCUCGUACAGCGGCAACCCCUUCGCGGGCGUGAACCAGUGGGCCAACUCGUACUAUGCUUCUGAGGUCUCGGCCUAUGCCAUCCCCACGCUGUCGGCGGCCAUGGCCACAAAGGCCGCCGCAGCCGCCAAGGUGCCCAGCUUUCAGUGGCUUGACACUGCCGACAAGGUCGACACUUUGAUGGCAGACACCCUUGCGGACAUCCGCACCGCCAACAAGGCCGCCAGCACCCCGUACGCCGGCUUGUUCGUAGUCUAUGAUCUCCCCGACCGUGACUGCGCGGCGGCCGCCUCCAACGGCGAGCUGAGUUACGCCAACGGCGGCGCGGCCAAGUACCAGGCCUAUAUCGACUCGAUCCGCAAGCAGAUCAUCGCCUACUCGGACAUCCGGAUCCUGCUGGUCAUUGAGCCCGACUCGCUUGCCAACCUGGUGACGAACCUCAACGUCGCCAAGUGCGCCAACGCCAAGGACAACUACCUGGCGUCGGUGAACUAUGCCCUGAAGCAGCUCAACCUGCCCAACGUCGGUGCCUACAUCGACGCUGGCCACGCCGGCUGGCUGGGAUGGUCGGCCAACUUGCAGCCCGCCGCAGACCUGUUCGCCUCGGUGUACAAGAACGCCAGCUCCCCUGCUGCCGUGCGUGGGUUGGCGACAAACGUUGCUAACUACAACGCCUGGUCCGUCGCCACUGCACCGUCUUACACCCAAGGCAACUCCAACUACGACGAGUCCCACUACGUCCAAGCCAUCCAGCCUCUCCUCAAGGCUGAAGGGUUCGACGCGCACUUUAUCACCGACCAGGGCCGUUCCGGCAAGCAGCCAACGGGCCAGACUGCGUGGGGAGACUGGUGCAACGCCCUGGGCACUGGGUUCGGUCUUCGCCCCAGCUCCAACACCGGCCUCGACAUCGAGGAUGCCUUCGUCUGGGUCAAGCCCGGCGGCGAAUCUGACGGCACCAGCGACACCAGCGCCACCCGGUAUGACUUCCACUGUGGGCAGUCGGAUUCCCUCAAGCCUGCUCCCGAGGCCGGUACCUGGUUCGAGGCGUACUUCGAGCAGCUCCUGACCAACGCCAACCCGGCUUUUUAA